CAAAACAGCUGGAGCCAGCUGUGCGUUGCCGUCAGCAAGAAACUUAGAAAGGCGCCGCCCAUCGAAGGCCGACUUGAGCUACGUCAUAGCAAGUCCCUAGCUAAAUUGGCGUUUCUCGUUCUGGGGCAGAGGCAACGCCUUCUUCAGGCUAGGUGGGAGUGCACAAAGUAUAAUAUUAUCCAGCUCUGCUAGCUCGUGCGCUGAAGAAACACAGCUUUUUGCAGGGAUUGUCGCGCUACUGACUGCAAUUCAAGUCAAGCAGCUGGGCUGAAGAUGGAUAUGCAGGACCAGAGCACAGCCACAGAUGCGGCGACAGUCUCUGAAACGUCAACUUUGUCAAACCCACCAGCUUGUAGCAGCACCAGUGCACUUCGGGCACAGCUCGCAAUGCUCGCAGCAACUUUAAAGCAGCUGCAGUUGGAACACCCCUUUCUCAUGCGCUGCUUCCUUGCUCUUAGAAUUUUGGCUGCGGUUGCGCUGGUCCUGGGCUCCAUAUGUUUGGCGUGGUUCCUGGCCUGGAAAACGGUCCUGCGACAUGUGGGUUUCAUAAGAGACAUUGUGCACGGGGUGCUGGGGGUGAAAAAGCCCCAGAAGAAGCGGCAGACAUACGUGAGGAAGUCUGGAGUGGGAGUGACGGGGCCGCAAGCGUCGGGUGUCAUGGGACUCGGGAGCGAAACGGGGUUGAGGUCAAGCAAGAGCGAAGCGAGGGGUGGUGUGCAGUCUGAGAGAAACCCGGAUGUUGAAAGAGUAAUAGGAGUGCUCAAGUGA